AGUUUGAGAACUUGUUUUUUUAACGUUCCAGUUGUGGAAUGCCCAGAUGAGAGGUUUUUGGAGCCGCUUGAGAACGAGGGACUAUUCACCGCUCAUCAGGCUCAAGCAUCUUCUCCGGAGGAUCUGGCAUUCCUAGUUGUUCACUUUUCACCGCCUGAAAUCGUCAAACAUCCCAAGUAUCAACGCUGGAUGCACAGGUUUGCCUCCACCACCAACCACCUUAUAAUCAACGAGUCUAACCUGUGCAAAGGCAGUAUAGCCGUACACCGCAUCCAAACCAAACUGAAUCUUCUCGACAAACAAGUGUUCCCCAUUCUGCCGCUAGAAGGCGUUGUUGUCGCUCCUAAUCAUGACGUCACAACUGACAACUGUGAUGUCAUUGCAACUAGAAGUAAUGACGUCACAACUGAUAACAGUGACGUCGUCAGUACACCUUCCAACGGAUCGCUGCAGGUUGGAUCGGAAACUUCGUCGGAGUAUAUGUCAGCUGUGACGUCAGUGGAUUCUUCCUCAGUGACGUCAUCGGAUACAACUGUGACGUCAUCUGGUGCUAGUGAUGAGUCUCUUGAAGGCGCAGUUGUCCAUAGCAAGACUUUCACAACUGUCCACUUGCGACCCACUAAGCAGGUGGACACUGGAGACAAGCUACUGUUCGACAAGGCCGAAUAUCUGAAGGAGGCAUUGACUGAGCCGGGCAUCGACAAAGUGCUACUUGAGUUGGACGAGAAGCGGGGUCAACUGGACGCCAGUACUUGCCACCAGAGUAUCCCAGUGUGGUGUUCUUGGGCACUGGGUCCUGUAUACCUAACAAGGCUAGGAAUACAAGCGGGAUAUUGGUUAAUAUCAGUGCCGAUUGCUGUAUGCUGCUAGACUGUGGAGAAGGUACGUUGGGUCAGCUGGUACGUUUCCAUGGUACGUCACGCGUGCAACACGUGUUAGGCUCGCUACGUGCGGUGUACGUGUCUCAUUUGCACGCCGACCACCAUAUUGGAUUGAUAGGCCUGCUCAAAGCGUGGCGCAAUGCGCAGAGGUCUACUGCGCAGGAGGU